UCUAGUUUCACAUCGUUGUUGGAAGUUUUAGCUGAGAUGCUCCCUGAUGGAAAUGAACUGCCAAAGUCGUACUAUUAUGCGAAGAAGCUGAUGUGUCCUUUGGGUUUAGAGUACGAGCGGAUACAUGCUUGUCCUAACGAUUGUGUGCUUUAUCGUAAUGAGUAUGAGCAUUUACAUGAGUGUCCACGUUGUGGAUUGUCGAGGUACAAGCGUGAAGGAGCUGGAGGUAGUGAAGGACCACCAGCCAAGGUGUUGUGGUAUCUACCCAUAAUACCUAGAUUUAAGCGCAUGUUCUCAAUUAAAGGAGAUGCGAAGAAUUUGAGGUGGCAUGCAGAUCGUAGGAAGAAAGACGGUCUGCUCAAGCAUCCGGCUGAUUCGCCUGAGUGGAAAACUAUCGACAGGGUGCAUAAGUCAUUUGGUAAUGAGGAUAGGAAUCUGAGGCUUGGAUUAUGUACGGAUGGCAUGAACCCUUUUGGCAAUCUCAGCUCGCAGCAUAGUACAUGGCCAGUAGUUUUAGUGGUUUACAACUUGCCUCCUUGGUUGUGCAUGAAACGCAAGUACAUGAUGUUGUCGCUUCUUAUAUCGGGGCCCAAACAACCUGGAAAUGACAUAGAUGUAUACCUUCAGCCGCUUGUUGAAGAUUUACAGAAGAUGUGGAACGAAGGAGUGUUAGUAUUUGAUGCGUAUGCUAAUGAGAUGUUCACUCUGCGUGCCAUGCUUUUUUGUACUAUGAACGAUUAUCCAGCUUAUGGGAACUUAUCUGGGUAUAAGACUAAAGGAAAACAACCUUGCCCGAUUUGUUUAGAUGACAUGAAAUCUACACACCUUAAGGGCUGCAAACAUGUGUAUAUGCGCACACGAAGGCUCCUCAGCCGCGACCAUCCCUAUCGGUUUAAGAAGAAGGCAUUCGAUGGGACGGUUGAAGAAGAAGUUGCUCAUAGACCAUUAACUGGUACUGAAGUUUAUAAUCAGGUGAAGGGCAUUGAAACAGUCUUUGGUAAACCUGCUAGUGAGGUUGAUAGACCUACAGGAUUAUGGAAAAAACAGUCCAUUUUUUGGAAACUCCCAUAUUGGAAAGAUCUAAAGGUCAGACAUUGUUUGGAUGUCAUGCACAUAGAGAAGAAUGUUUGUGAAGCUAUUAUCGCGACACUUAUGAAUAUUCCGGGCAAGACAAAAGAUGUUAAGGCGUCACGACUUUACUUGGAAAAAGAGGGGAUUCGACCAGAGUUGUGGGCUCAGAAAAGGGACGGAAGGAAGAAGAAAAGAGGGGAGGAAAGGGUUGAUGAUGAAACUCAGAAAAGUAAAAAGGUGGAGGAUUCGGAGAAGAAUUAUUUGCCACCAGCUUGCUACACGAUGUCGCGUGCAGAGAAACGGAUUUUUUGCGAGUCAUUGUAUGGCAUUAAGGUCCCUACUGGCUACUCAUCGAAUAUGAAGCGCUUUGUUACCUUAAAUGGUGAGUUGAAGUUAUCGAGUAUGAAAUCGCACGAUUGUCAUGUCAUGAUGCAAGUAUUCUUACCGAUUGCAAUUCGUGGGAUACUUCCAAAGCAUGUGAGGCACACCAUUACAGAACUGUGUUCAUUUUUUCAUUCAAUCUGCAGCAAAGUCCUAGACCCGUCGACCCUCGAUUCCUUGCAGUCCAGAGUAGUUGAAACUCUAUGCAAAUUUGAGAUGUAUUUCCCCCCGCAUUCUUUGACAUUAUGGUCCAUCUCAUUGUCCAUCUAGUUCGAGAAAUUAAGCUGUGUGGUCCAGUGUUUUUGAGGUGGUGCUAUCCUUUUGAGAGAUAUAUGGGAACUUUGAAGGAUAAAGUUCGGAAUCCUGCACAACCAGAAGGUAGUAUAAUUCAAGGGAUUGUGGGUGAAGAGAUCAGUAAUUUUGUGGCUGAGUAUUUUGCUAGUGUUGAUCCUGUUGGACUUCCGACAUCCCGACACGAGGGCAGACUUGAGGGCAAGGGUACAA